CGGCCCUGCCGAGCGGCGUCCUGACCGGCGGCUCUAGGACCCCGUGGCGGAGCGGCAGCGGCGGAGCAGGCGGCACCAGGACCCGGGGGAACCGCGGCGGGCGGGCGGCAAGCAGGCCCCGGGGCCGGAGAGCUGCGGGCGGCGGCGCUGGGCCCGGCGCGGCCUACGGAGGCCCCGAGAUGCCGAGUAAGAAGAAGAAGUACAACGCGCGGUUCCCUCCGGCGCGGAUCAAGAAGAUCAUGCAGACUGACGAGGAGAUUGGGAAGGUGGCGGCGGCUGUGCCUGUCAUCAUCUCCCGGGCCCUCGAGCUCUUCCUGGAGUCGCUGUUGAAGAAGGCCUGCCAGGUGACCCAGUCCCGAAACGCCAAGACCAUGACCACUUCCCACCUGAAGCAGUGCAUCGAGCUGGAGCAGCAGUUUGAUUUCUUGAAAGACCUGGUGGCCUCUGUGCCUGACAUGCAGGGAGACGGGGAAGACAACCACCUGGAUGGGGACAAGGGUUCCCGCAGGGGUCGGAAGCCAGGCAGCAGCAACCGGAAGAAUGGUGGGAUGGGAAGCAAAAGCAAGGACAAGAAGCUGUCAGGGACCGACUCGGAGCAGGAGGAUGAGUCUGAGGACACAGACACUGAAGGGGAAGAGGAGACACCACAGGCCCCACCACAGGCCAGCCACCCCCCUGCCCACUUUCACAGCCCCCCGACACCCUUCGUUGCCUUCACCUCGACUCUGCCUCUGCCCCCGGCGCCCCCAGGCCCCUCAGCACCUGACGCAGAGGAUGAGGAGGAUUAUGACUCCUAGCACCCUUGACCCCCCAGGCCACACCCCCUUUUAGUUGGUUUUAGUUGUUCUGGGGGGAGGAGAGAAGAUAGAGCUGUUCUUAAAUUUAUUAAAAAAUAAUAAUAAAAGGGAACACCAG